GAGUGUUUGAGGAGUCCCUGCAGGUCUCUGCUGCUGCCUAUAGAGGACACUGUGGUUUUCACUGGAGAUGUCCCCUCCCAUGCCGAUCCGGCUCCAGUCUCCAGACAGCGUCUCAACGCGUCUCCCAGAUCAACUUCCACCGCUAAUGUCACAGAAAGUGGCCCAAACGGACAUGUGCGCCAUAGUUCACUGCGGGUGAGUUGAAGGCAGCGCAGGCUGAUGUGGGUCAGCGGAUCCGCCUCCAUGUAUCUCGGUGUGUAGUCUAUUAUCUGGCAUGGAUCUGGUUUUCACAAUAACUUUGUCGUCCCCGACCGGUUAGAAGAAUAUCUAGACACACUAAGAGGACAUAUGGACGGGGCGGAUGCGAGCCAGCUGUCCGACAAGGACCUGCUGAUGCUGGGGAAGGAGGAUCUGAUUCGGAGGCUGAGGCGGCUGGAGAGCCGCAACAUGGACUUGAUGCUGGAGCACGGGAACAUGAUGAAGGACGUGAACCGGAGCCUGCAGGUCCACCUCCGCGAGAUCCGGAGCCUGAAGGAGGUCAACCAGAAACUGCAGUACGAUAACCAAGAGCUCCGGGAGCUGUGCUGCUUCCUGGACGAUGAUCGCCAGAAGGGGAGGAAGGUGUCCCGGGAGUGGCAGCGGUUCGGCCGCUACACGGCCAGCGUCCUGGGGAAGGACGUGGCUCUGUACCAGCAGAGGCUGACCGAGCUGGAGAGCAGUCAGGACGCGCUGCGGACGGAGAACAUGGAGCUGAAGGAAAUGGUCCUCAUGCUGGAUGAGGACAGAAGCGGAGCCGGGUCCCGGAGCUCCAUCGACAGCCAGUCCAGCCUGAGCAACCUGAACUGCCCUGCGCCGGUUCGGGACGUCGGGGAUGGGAGUAGCACAUCCAGCACUGGGAGUCCCGACCACCACAACCACAAAGCAUCUGAGGGAAAGAUGGCAUCUCUGAGGAGGUCUGUGGACGUCCAGGGAGGAGAUGGACUCAGUGAUGAAUUAGCCAGCUACGUCAGACAGCUGGAGAACAAGAUGAGAAUGCUGGAAGAUGAAAACAACCAGCUGAUGUCUCAGACAAACGGAGGGGAAGUAAAGACACUGAGGAAGGGUUUGUCUUUUUAUGAUUUGGAAACCCAGCACUCACAAUUCCAGGACAACAUGAACAUCGGCGAUGCUCUAUCCUCCAGCACUGAACCCUUCUCCACAGAGCUCUACCUCCCCCCCCGGCUGAAACCAGAAGCUAUAGUCCACGCAAUGAAGGUGCUGGACGUCCAUGAGAAGCUGGACAUGCAGUGCUCCCAGGAAUAUGAUGACGAUCUCAAUGACAAAGAGAAGGCCAUUGUCAGAGAGAUGUGUAACGUGGUUUGGAGAAAGCUGGGUGAUGCUGCAGGGUCCAAGCCUUCAGUCCAACAGCAGCUCUUGGGAAACCAGUUUAAAGGGCCUUUAUAGUUGUCAGACACCAAGUGAAGCCACCAAUGGCUCCAACAAUCCUAAAUUACUAGUUUGAACUGAAAACAUUUCCGCAGCGUGUUUGAAAAUGGAUAUCCAGCUCAGUCAACCAAGACAUACAGCACGUACUAAAAUGCCAAUGCCUGGAGACCGGCCGUCCAUUUGUAGCAGAUGGACUCAAAAUAGCCAAUCUCGUAAUAUGGGUUGCAGACAUAGACUCUAUGCAGCUUUUUUUUUUAAAGCCUUCGCCAUCAUGGGAGCAGAAAAUGUAAACAAAAUGUGGCCGAUGCCUCCUUGUAACUGUAACGCAAGCGGCAGCCACCAUGGCUCGGUGUGACAGUCUAAGACACCGGCCAAUCGAGCAGAUACAACCAGAAAUUCUCACUUGAAGCCUUAUUACAUCCAUCCUGCUAUCCACUUCUGUGGAGCCGGGUCACGGGGGCAGUAGGCUAGGCAAAGUAUUUCAGACAUCCCUCUUCCCAGCAACAAUUUCCAACUCAUCUUGGGGGAACCAUGAGGCGCGUUCAGGCAAGACGAGAUAUAUAAUCUCUCCAGCAUGUUCUGGAUCUAACCCGGGGCCUCCUACCAAUUUGACAUGCCAGGAAAUGUUAUACCCAGAGGCACCCAAAAGGCAUCCUAAU